CCAACUCCCAGCGUGCUCAGCGCGGCGGUGCAGGGGCGGUUGGAGCCCGGCUCCCGGCGCGCCGGAUGCUGAGGACCCGCGCGGCGGCGGCGGCGGCGACGACGGCGUUGGCGGCGGCGCUGCGCCGGGGCUCCGCCAUGGCCGAGGGCCCCGUGGCCCGCGCCAUCCGCGCCAAGCUGCGGGCGGCCCUGCAGCCCAGCUACCUGCAGGUGCUCGACGAGAGCCACCGGCACGCCGGCCCCCCCGGCGCCGAGAGCCACUUCGCCGUGGUGGUGGUGAGCGGGCGCUUCGCCGGGCUGCCGCCGCUGCAGCGGCACCGCUUGGUGCACGGCGCCCUGCGCGCCGAGCUCGCCGGCCCCGUGCACGCCCUCUCCGUCGUCGCCCGCACCCCCGAGCAGUGGGACGCCGACCCCCGCGUCCCCCCCAGCCCCGCUUGCCUGGGGGGGUCCAAGCACGAGCGCCGCGGGGCAGAGGCGCCCGGCGGCCCGGCCGCAUCCUGACCGCCCCCUCCUGCCCGUUCCCGCGCCGCUGCAGCCCCCAACCCGGCUCCGAGGCUGCUGCAGGUUUGGUUGGGGGAACUUGUUUCUUCUCGCGGCUUUGGAGCCGUUCUGCUGCUCCUUUUCCCCCAAAAUAUUCAAAAUAAACCGCUCGCACCGCC